AUGCCAUCCGAGACGAAAAUGGAGAGCCCUCUAUUUCACCCCUUCGUAUUCAUCUACCAAUUGAUGCAAUGGGCUAUUGGCCUGAUCAUGUCGCCUGAUCCUCCGCCACCUGGCACUCAGCUCAGUCGUCCGAAGAUAGCCAUCAUUGGUGCAGGUAUCACGGGUGUUACCUCUGCGGCCCAUUGCGUUGGGCAUGGCUUCGACGUCGUUAUCUUUGAGGCCGGCGAUAAGAAGUCCCUGGGAGGCAUAUGGAGUAAAGUCAACGAUACCUCGAGCCUCCAGAUCCAUUCGUUGAUGUACCGUUUUCAUCCUUCAGUCAAGUGGGAGGGCGGGUAUCCCGACAGACAACAGAUCAUCAGUCAGGUCAAACAGCUCUGGGAACGGUAUGGUCUUGAUGCACGAACGAGGUUCAACAAAAAGAUCGACAAGGUUUACCAAGAUGAGAAAGGUCGCUGGAUCUUGAAUGAUCCCUCUAAUGGCAGCUUCGAGGGUCUCAUUGCUGCUGUCGGGACCUGUGGUGACCCGAAGAUGCCAUCCAUGGACGGCAUGGACAAGUACAAGGGAGAGGUGUAUCACUCAAGUCAGCUUACAGGUAAGGAUGUCAGAGACAAGACGAUGCUCGUAAUUGGCGGCGGAGCCUCUGCCGUCGAAGCUCUUGAGUUCGCCUCUGCCAAAGGUUGCAAGAAGACGUACAUCCUCUCACGUUCUGACAAGUGGAUUAUUCCCCGCAACCCAAUCAUCAACGUUCUCCUCUCACUCAACAUCUGGGGCCAAGAGACUCCGUUGUCAUGGAUCCCGGAGGGCCUGCUGCGCAAGUUCUUCUACCGCGACCUACAGGAUCUGGCACCCAGGGAUAAGGGCAUCUUCACCGAUACUCCCAUGGUCAACUCCGAUGUCAUGGACAAGCUGCGCAGCGGAGAAGUGGAAUGGGUCCGAUGUGACAUUGAAGACUUUACAGACAAGGGCAUCGUGGUAAACAAGAGGGACAAGGGCGUACCCCCCGGAGGUCCCGGGAAGUCCAAGGUCCUCGAGGGAGAUAUCGUGGUCAUGGCGACAGGGUACAAAAGACCAUCGCUCGAUUUUCUACCCAACGACUGCUUCGACGAACCGUAUGGGCCGCCCAACUGGUACUUGCAAACCUUUCCUACAUCGCAUCCCUCCGUGUCUGCCAUCAAUUGCACGUACCUGAGUGCCAUAGGGACGGUGGGCAACUGGCAUAUCGGCAUCUACACGCGUAUCCUGCUGAUGUUUCUGGUUGACCCACUUACACGACCUCGUCCUUUCUGGAUGGAGCGCUGGAUAGACAUGACCAAGGUGCUGAAAGCCGCCGCACCAACUGGCGCUUUUGACUUCUUCACUUAUCUCGAGCUAAUUUGGUGGUUCACAUUCUGUGUAGCCAUCAACCCAUUGCGUUGGAAGUGGGCCUUUUUCGUGUUCUUUGGAUUGCCCUAUGCUCUACCGAAGCGAAUUAUUGAGGCAGAGAAGCCUAUCAGGAAUGGUCUUGGAAUCAACGACGAAGAAGGACGAGACGAGGGCAAGAGCUUCUAG